GGCGCGCGGGCUGGGCUCUCCCCGGGCCGGCCUCCUGGACCGGGCCCGCUAUAAGGCCGGCCUCCGGGACGGGCCCCGUUAUCAGGCCGGCCCCGCGGAGACACGGCCCAUCCCUUGCACCGCUCCCUUGGCGCUUUGCUGCAUCCGUGAGCUCCAAGCCCAGCCCUCAGCCAUGGCAUGCCCCCUGGACCAGGCCAUUGGUCUCCUUGUGGCCAUCUUCCACCAAUACGCUGGUAAGGAGGGUGACAAGAACAGCCUGAGCAAGAAGGAGCUGAAGGAGCUGAUCAAGAAGGAGCUCACCAUCGGCCCGCACCUGCAGGAUGCUGAAAUUGCAAGGCUGAUGGAGGACCUGGACCAGAACAAGGACCAGGAGGUGAACUUCCAGGAAUAUGUCACCUUCCUGGGGGCCUUGGCUAUGAUCUACAAUGAGGCCCUCAAGGGCUAAACAUAAAUUAGGAAGGUGGAGACACCCUCUAGGGCACCCGUGUGAGUCAAAUCCAGCGGCGGGUAAUUGUACAAUAAAUAUAUGUGGUUUUCUUUUUGGCCAAGUCUA